AUGGGCAAACGGAAGAAAUCGUCUAGAAAGCCUGCGACAUCUGCUGCGCGAAAACGUACACCUCUCGACACGACGUUCACGUGCCUCUUUUGUCACCAUGAGAAGUCUGUAAAUGUUAAGAUAGAUCGCAAGGAAGGUAUUGCAACCCUUUUGUGCAGAAUUUGUGGACAGAGAUUCCAAGGAAGAGUUAACCAUUUGACUGAGCCCAUUGACGUAUACUCGGAGUGGAUUGACGCUGCGGAUGCUGCACAAAACGAAAUGGACGGUGAUGAUAUGCGAAGGGCAGUAGCAUCUGGAUCGCGGCCUCGCCAGAGGGCUGAAGUCAGCGACGACGAUUAGACUUGUACGAUGAGAUCCAAAAAGUAUUGCAUAUAUUCUUUCAUACGACCUCGCAUCAAUUGUAUAUAUUCUCCAUCACCGCGUUGCCAGGCAUUCCCGUACCUCUAUUAAUUCACGGGUUUGCGUGCCCU